AGCUAUUUGGUUGCGAGCUUUAUGACGAAACAUAUACAAUCUACUGAAUUAUUCGCUUUCCGACAAUCGUAUUCAUAGUCUAUAAGUCCGCGGAAGCUCUAUAAAUCUUUACGAUACCGAAAGAAAUGAGUGACCUCAUAAAAAAUUAGAAUCUCGUAACUGGCGAGCACGUACAAUAUUUCGGAUUUUUGUUUUGAACUCGUCCUUUCAUUAUAGUCGUUGUCAUUUUGAAUUCAAAGUUAACCGUACGAAAUUCCAUGCAUGAUACGCGCACUUAUUUACUUUAAAAACAACUUACAAUGAAUACAUCAUUACAUAUAUUUAAACAUUUUCAUGUGGGUGUCCAAGUAUUGUAUCCCAUUUGAAGCAGAGUUCGAGAAUUAUGAUUUAAAUAGAAAAUUAAUAAUAAUGAUGUUUUGAUUACUUGUGUAACAUCAAUAAACGAAAUUUAGAACACAAGUAAAAUUUUGACAAACAAGUAGAAAACAUUGAAAAAAUAAUACCAGUUGAAGCAUAAAAAGUCAAUGUCAAACUGGCAGUCUAUUACUGUGAAUUUCUAAUUUAUCUUACAUUCAACCACAAAUAGAGUACAUCAAAUAUAUUAAGAAUUGCCAUAUAUACUUGAAUAUUUCUAUAAUGUGGAGUGAAAAGUAUAUAAUAACCUAUAUGUACAAAUGAAAUAUUACCUCUGGUAAAAGUUUAUUUUCUAUUUUAUUUAUUUCAGCUUGUGUAAUUGUUAGUUUAGGACAUUUUUGAAACCAAGGCUCACUGUAAAUUCCACAAUUAAAUGCUGAAGAAAGAAACGCUAACAUAGAAAUAUUGGAACAACACAAUCACACUCAGCACGCAUUGAAGACAUCUGAGGAUUUUCAAGUCAACAUUUAUCUUUUAAAUCUUCUAUGUUUUUUGAUUUACUCCUUUUAUAAAGGAUGACUGUUGUUUAAAAGGAACACGGUUGUUCUAGAGUAUGCUGAAUUGAGUAUAUAUCAAACAGUUGUUAUAACACUCGUGCAUACAUAUGUGGAAAGUAUCAAUGGUCUAUGAUGUGCUAAGAAUUUUGUACUUGUAUUAAUUCGUAAAUCAAUAUUAACUAUAUUGUUCAUUUGUAUAUUAUGUACACAAGCUUUGUGAGAAAGAGUUAGGUGAGCCAUAAAGUGACCGUGAUUGUGAUUGCGGCUGAGAUUGUGCUGCUCUUGACUAAUAAAACACUUGUAUCUGUAUAAAGAGUGCCAAUUUUGUGCAGAGUUGCCCAGGUACUCUCUUACAAAUAAUUUAUGAAAAAAGGUCAAAAUACUUGCAAAACCUUCCUUCCACUUCUUGGUCACAAAGGAGUCUGCAUUUCUGCAACAUUUUAAAGAGCCUCUCUUCCUCUGUAUUAAGUUCUUGUAACAUUAUAAUAGUGAAUGAAGAUAUAAGGUACCAAGAACCGUUCUGUGAUAUCUAUGUUAACACUUAAAUAAUUGAAAAGACUAAAAAUUUCUAAAUAUAAGUAUAUAUAUAUAUAUACAUAUAUAUAUUGUGGUGAAACGGAAGUGAACAUAAAAGAAAAUUAAGUAAUUGUUUCAACAAAAAAAAGAAAAGAUAAAGGAAAUCUUAUAAGUAAAGAUUACAUUUAAAAUUGUGCAAAUUUGAGACAAUGUCCAACAAUCCUCAGUGGAAAACGUUCCAGCCGCCAAUCAUGAACUCUGACCCUGCAAUACUUGAUUACAAGUCCAUGGCUAUACCAAGUCCCAAAGUUAUAACGGGAUCACAUCAAUCGACAACUAAUAUUUAUCGAAAUGGUACCAACUACAGUGGUGAUCAUUAUAUGAUGGAUUCACCUCCAAGAAAUGGAAAAAGUACCAUAAAUUAUGCCGGUUAUCCUAAUACAAAAACGUCACGAAAUGGAGUUACUAGAUUUCCCUUUGGAACAUUUACAGGAAUGGAAGGAAACACUGGCUAUACAGAGGAGCCAGCAACAAAUAACUCUACUUAUCAAGAUCAAUCAUCAAAUCAAGGACCUCGAGAAACAGGAAUAAUUGAAAAAUUACUACAUUCUUAUGGAUUUAUACAAUGCUGUGAAAGACAAGCAAGGUUAUUCUUUCAUUUUAGCCAAUUUAGUGGUAAUAUAGAACAUUUGAAAAUUGGAGAUCCCGUUGAAUUUGAAAUGACUUAUGAUCGAAGAACAGGAAAACCUAUUGCUAGUACAGUUAGCAAAAUUGCUCCAGAAGUGGUGCUAAGCGAAGAAAGAGUUACUGGAAAUGUAACAACAGAAUUACAAGCAAGUGGUGACUCACUGGGUCGUAUCAGUUAUGAAAAUCGAGGAGAAUGUUUUUUUCUGCCAUAUACGAAGGAUGAUGUCGAAGGAAAUGUUACUUUGCGCGCUGGUGACAGAGUGUCAUUUCAAAUUGCUACCAAUCAGCGUGGAAAUUUGGGUGCGUGUCAUGUAAGAUUGGAAAAUCCCGCACAUCCGGUUCGCUAUUGUGGAGUGGUAUGCUCGAUGAAAGAAAAUUUCGGCUUCAUUGAACGCGCUGAUGUAGUUAAAGAGAUUUUCUUCCACUUUAGCGAAGCUAAAUCUAUGAAAGAAGAACUUAAACUAGGCGAUGAUGUUGAAUUCAUAAUACAAACACGAAAUGGAAAGGAGGUAGCUUGUAAUAUAACUAAACUGCCACCUGGUUCAAUAGUUUUUGAAGAGGUCAGUAACGAGGUAGUAAAGGGACAAGUACUGAAGCCUUUAGAAAGGGGUACUGCAGCUCGUCAUCAAAAUGAUCCGUUACCUGGAAGAAUUCGAUAUAGAGAUACAGAUCAUUCUGAGGUUGAAAUUCCGUUUGGCGACAAAGAUCAAAAAGGAGAUUUUACUCUCAGACACGGGGACUGGGUCCAAUUUCGUAUUGCUACAGAUACUAGAGAUCAAUUGAAGAGAGCCACCGAAAUAUUAUUACUACCUGAAUCUUUUACUGUAUCUGGCGAAAGACGUGAACAAGGCGUUAUAACUGCACUAAAAGAUGGGUUUGGUUUUAUUCGUUGCGUAGACAGAGAUGCACGACUUUUCUUUCAUUUUAACGAGGUUCUGGAUGUUGAUAGAGAAAUUAGUGUAGGGGAUGAAGUUGAAUUUACAGUAAUUCAAGAUCCUUCCUCAUCGUUUUCAAACAAUCGACAAAGUGCAAUUAGGUUGAAACAUCUACCAGCUGGUACAGUCCAAUUUGAAACGAUUAUAGAGAAAGAUUUAUUGGGUACUAUUAUUCAGGGUAUAAAUGGCAUUGAACCCGGUCUCAUUGGAUACACGAAGGAUAACGUGCAGAAAAGUGUUAUUUUCUUUAGCAAAGAUUGCGAUCCUAAGAAUAUUCCAAGAUUAGGUGACAAGGUUCAAUUCAGUAUCUGUCAGGUAAAACGAAAUAAAGAACUUGUUGCUGUCGACAUAUCUCUAGUGAGUUCUUCUGGCGAGAAAACUCAAAAUGGCAACAAAAAAUUAAAUGGUCAAGUUUGUCAGGGCUUCAUUGCUGCACUUAAAGACGGAUUUGGUUUUAUUGAGACUGUAAAUCAUGAUAAAGAAAUAUUUUUUCACUUCAGUAAUUUUGAAGGAGAUGCUAGUACUUUGGAAGUAGGAGCUGAUAUUGAAUGUACGAUCAGUUCCGGAAAUGGUAGAGGUAAUGGUGGUUGCGUAGCCGCAGAUUAUGUUAAAUUGGUACCUCGUGGAAGCAUUCCUAGGCCAACACCGGUUAGCGAAGUACUUGAUGGAAUGGUUAUUAGACCUUUGCGAAGUGCGAAUCCUGACCAGGCAGAGUAUGCUGGUUUAAUUAAAGUAAAUCCAACUAAUGAAGACGAUGAGACUCCGGAAUAUGAAUUCAGAAUCAUGGGGCUUGUUAACAAACGCGAGCUGCUACAAGCUGGUGAUCCUGUACAAUUACAAGUUGACUCUGCAGGUCAUGCUUGUAACAUUGUAGCAGUUAGAAAAAAGAGGAGAGCAACUGUGGACGCAGUAAAAGGUCCUUUUGGUUUUCUUGCUUAUGAAAUUGAUGAGGGUAAGAAAUUAUUCUUCCACAUGAGCGAGGUUAAAGAUCAUGCCAUACUUCAACCAGGGGAUCAGGUUGAAUUCGUUCUGAUUACAAAUCAACGUACUGGUAAAUCAUCUGCAUGCAAUGUAACACGUUUAAGCGAUGCAGGCCAACAACGACCCGAACGCUUAAUCAGUCGACUACGUACUACGUCUUUGGAAGAUACAGGUCCUAAAUUAACCAUAGUUAGACAACCAAGAGGUCCAGACGGGACGCGUGGAUUUAGUCAGGAAAGAUCCCAGCAUACCUCUGGUGCCAUCCAAGAGUAAUGUCGUAUUGAAAUGGUUACUGCUUAUCCAAAUUGUAAUCUACAUUACUUGUUUUUAGUCCAUACACUUCGGUACCGAGAUUAUUAUUAUUAUAAGCAUCGUAAACAUUUGCCAAAUUGAAACUAAUAUGACAGCAAUAAUAAUCAGUCGAUUGGAUCAUGAUCUUGUUGAGAAACAGAAGAAUAUAAAAUAAACAACAAAAAAACAACGAGUCAUUUUAUCAUCUUAUACAAUAUGAAAAUAAUCAAGAAGGCAGUUUGUCUGAAUUAACUUAAUUUCUUUAAAAAUUUACCAAACAUCUUGUUCCUUUUCUGAAAAGAAGUGUAACAAACUUUUAUAAUUAUUAACAAUAGUUGCAAAAUAUUAAAACUUCUAAUUAUUAUAUUUCUUUUUUUUUUUUCAAUAAAAAUUUUACACACAUUUCCGUCAUUCGGUUUAUUAUAAAUGCAGUUACGGAUUGAAAGAAAAGAAUUUACUAUAAUACCGUUGACAACCUGCCUGUUUGUAAUGUUUAAAUGUCCCAUCUGUGUUUAUAAAAAUAUACGUAAAUGUUGAUACAAUUUUUUAUUUAUAUUAUUUUCUUUAGAAUAUUUGUUUUACCUGUAAUGUACACGACGAUCAGUUAAUAAUUGUAUAAUAGAUAAUGAAAUUUAUAAUUUUGUUGUAAUUGGUCAAGUAAUCAAACUUGUUAAAACUUGUGAAUUUACAUAAUUUUAUAAUCGAAAAAGCAGACAUGUAUUUUACUAUAUAAAUCAUUGUAAUAUGUCACUAUGUUGAAACGAAAAAAAAAUAAUGCCUGAAUUUGUAAAAAAGUUA